AUGAAAACUUGGCCUGACAAAGGCAGGCUGCAAGAACCCAGUGUCUGCCAUGGAGGGAGCGCAAGUCUCUCCACGAGCCCACUUCAAAGACGCAACAAGGCACCUGCGGAGCAGAACAGGACAAACUCUUCCCCGUGUCCCCGCGGGCGAGCGGGAGCAGCAGCAGCCCCUCCCCAGCCUCUUUUGGGUGCUUUCCCCAGCGACAGGCGAGGCGGGGCGUGCGGCUCGGCCCCGCCAAAGCCACCCAGCCCGGCCGGGGGCGGCGACGGUUGCGGCGGACGGAUGGCGGCGGAGCCGGGAGCGGGGCUGCGCAUCUUCCGCGAUGUGACUUACUUUGCUGACGGAAUUCUGAGUGGAGAAGAACUACAUGAACUUUUUCACACCAUUGAUACACACAACAAUGACAACCUUGACACAGAAGAGCUCUGCGAAUACUUUUCCCAGCACUUAGGAGAGUAUGAAAAUGUUUUAUCAGUCUUGGAAGACUUAAACAUAACCAUACUGAAGGCAAUGGACAAAACAAAGAAAGACUAUCAGGAAGCUUCUAAUUUGGAGCAGUUUGUGACUCGCUUUCUUUUGAAGGAAACACUGAACCAGCUUCAGUCCCUCCAGAGCUCCGUGGAGUGUGCCAUGGAAACCACAGAGGAACAGACUCGGCAGGAGAGGCAAGAUCCAGCAAAACCAGAAGUGCUCUCAAUUCAGUGGCCAGGAAAACACUCAUCUCGAAGGCUGCAGAGGAAUAACAGCCUGUCACCAAACAGCCCUCGUUUUAGCACAGGUUGGAUGGAGGAAAAUGGCCAGUGGAUGACCCAGAUAAACAGACUCCAAAACCUGAUUGACAGGCUGGAAAAGAAGGACCUAAAGCUCGAGCCAUUUGAAGAGGAGGUUUUGGAAGAAAAUGCAAGAUCU